AUGAGUGAGAAAAAAUUUGAGAAAGAAGAAGAAAAAGCAAAUGCAAUGUGGGAUUGUGGAAGUCCUUUAUAUGAUUCAUAUGAAUUGGUCUCUCUUGAUCAUCAUAUCAACAAGAAUCUAAUGUCAUUUCCAUCUCACCAUGGAUCAAAGUUCACAAAUCCAAGACUUGUGCAUAAUUAUGAGGAUAUGAUCCAUGUGAAGGGAAAUAAUGUUGGAUCAUUAGAGAAAACUAAAGAGUUUAUUUGGCUCACAAGCUUUAACAAGUUUUUGUUGAAGAUAAUGAAGAAAGGAGAAAGAAGAACAAAGAAAUGA